AUGAAAAGGAGGCAGACCUGAUAUCGCUACUGAGUGUAUUUCUCACAUAUCAUCCUGCACCUAUGUGUGUGUUGAAUGCCACAAUCGUGCGAAAACUGUGCGGAGACACCCGGGGGCAUGACUGGACUCCUGUGCGCGCGGUUUGACGAAGUAGUGCACCGACUGUUUUGGAAACAUCGCGCCGGCUGAGAGUAGACUGUGUGGGAGAAGACAGAGCGGUCCUGCCCCCUUCAAUGACCAACCAUCAGUGCUAGCGAUAAAAGUCUCGCUGGCGACACCGCAACCAUGGAAGGCUACCACGAGUAUCCUUAACUAGCAUUAUUACUGAGCGCUUGGCCCGUGGUGUAAAGGUUUCAGUAUGCCCGACCGGUGGUCCUCCAUGAGGCUCCCAGUUGCCUGAUAUUAACGUUCCAGGCCUGCUUUUUCCAUCUGGAAAUUUCUUGGCAGGGGAAAGCAGGCCAGCUAGCACCGCUAACGUUAGCGCUAGCCUUUUCCGCGCUGCACCUCUGGGCUUUGACGGUGCAGGUUUUUCCAUGACCUCACCAUUGACACUGCUGUCUAUCAAUUCGAGGACCUUUUAACUCCAAAAAGUAUUUUAUGGGAUUCAUAUCGGCGAAAGAGAAGCGGGCCUAAGCCAAAAUGGUGAACUGGAGGCGGCUGCUGCGAAUGUCCAACCGAUCGUUUCUGGCCUUCAUAUUCUUCUUCUCCAUGUCCACCACCUGUCUCUACUUCAUUUAUGUGGCUCCUGGAAUAGCCAACACAUACUUCUUCAUGGUGCAGGCUCAGGGCAUCAUGUUGAGGGACAAUGUGAGGACCAUUGGCCAGAUGAUCCGAUUGUACACCAACAAGAACAGUACACUCAACGGGACGGACUAUCCUGAUGGCAGUAACUCCAGUGAGUACCUGGUCCAGCCAACCACGUACCUCCCUGAGAACUUCACCUACGCCCAGAACCUCCCCUGCCCAGAGCGAUUACCUUCUAUGAAGGGCCUUAUGGAAGUGAACAUGACAGAAAUCCCCAUGGAGGAGAUAGAGCUUAAGUUCACCAAGUUUUUUGGCAUUGAGUUUGGAGGCCAUUGGAAACCAAAGGACUGCAGACCUCGCUGGAAGGUGGCCAUCCUGAUUCCAUUUAGAAACCGCCAUGAACAUCUCCCCAUCCUCUUCCAACACCUCAUCCCCAUCCUGCAGAGACAACGGCUGCAGUUUGCCUUUUAUGUCAUCGAACAGAGUGGGAGCCAGCCCUUCAACAGAGCCAUGCUGUUUAACGUGGGAUUCCUGGAGGCCAUGAAGGACUUGGACUGGGACUGCUUGAUCUUCCAUGAUGUUGACCACAUCCCAGAGAACGACCGAAACUACUACGGCUGUGGUCAGAUGCCACGCCACUUUGCUGCCAAGCUGGACAAAUACAUGUACAUUCUUCCAUACAGCGAGUUCUUUGGUGGUGUGAGUGGACUGACUGUGGAACAGUUUCGCAAGAUUAAUGGCUUUCCCAAUGCUUUCUGGGGCUGGGGAGGAGAGGAUGACGACUUGUGGAACAGGGUUCACUAUGCCGGCCUGAAUGUCACGCGACCAGAGGGCGAGAUCGGCAAGUACAAGUCAAUUCCUCACCACCACAGAGGAGAGGUGCAGUUCCUCGGGAGGUAUAAACUGCUGAGGUAUUCCAAAGAGCGGCAACACUUGGACGGCCUCAACAACCUCCAUUACAGCCCCCUCAUCUCCCUCAGCAGCCUCUACAAGAACAUCACGGUGGACAUGUACCCUGAGCUCGCUCCUAUCGCAGACUACUGAACUGCCCCCACCAACCGCCGCCCAACCCCUGGUCCACACCCCCAGCUCGCCCAGCUCCCCUCCGGCCUGGCCUCCCAGCGCCCCGCUCAGCCGUUCAGAGGCAGAGCGGCGGUGCGCCGGAGGAGAGGAGGGGGGCACAGGCCGCGAGGGGUGGAGAGGCGCACCGUGUAAUGCUGCCAAGAAAUUAUCGUGAGGAAAAAAAAAAAUCAAAGAAAAUCCAAACCGACAAAAAAAGAGGAAAAAAUGAAGAGGCAGUGGCAAGUCUCUGAAAGCGAACUGUGCUGUGUGUGUGUGUGUGUGUGUGUGUGUGUGUGCGCGCGUGCGUGUGUGUGUGUGUGUGCGUGCGUGUGCGCGCGUGGGUGUGUGAGAGAGAGAGAUAUGGGUCAGUUGCUGCAUGUCUUUUUGUCCGUGCCGGCUUAUCUACUACAAGUUGACAUGAGUCCUGGUUUAGGUUGGAGGGAGCAGCAGCAUCUCAGCUCUGAUGUUUACUGCAAAGCCUUACUGUGGCAGAACCACAGCUCCCUCCGCUCGGCUCCGCACUGCUUCACUUCUGAUGUAUCACCGUCACCUUACAAGCCAACAGACGAGAUCUUGUCUCACUUUCUACUAUCAUUUGUUUUAUACAUAUCAUUCUGUUGGGCCACAGUAUUCCUUGAAAAGGAGGGAUCUGAGCGAGGUCGCCAUUAAUGUUCGUGAUGUACAUUUUUUUUAUUUUCAUAUGUGAUAUUUAUUUUCUCUGAUUCGGGAUGUUUGAAGAAGCACUCCUGUCUGUGUCAUUCAAGUGUUUGCUGUUUGUUUCGCUGCACUGCUGCUGAAUCCGCAUGAACAUGUAUGUAAAUAUCGGCUUCUUAAAGCUCGAACACAGAACACAAAUAUGUAAAUAUGGGCCUUUAAACGCUCGGGCAUAUUACAGUGAUAUUCCAGUGGAUUUGAAUUUUAUUUUGGCAGCUACCUACGUUCUGAGGAUUUAAUAAGAGUGAGUGGUUUCUUCCUAACAGGAAGAUCUAACAAUGCUGUUUGGCUUUAAAAAAAAAGAAAAGAAAAAAAGACUUACCAGUAUCCAAAUCUCAAGAUUUGACAUCAUCUUUUGCAUGCCUUAAUUUAUUUUGUUUACCAGAUUUUGUUCUUUUCAAGCAUAAAUUAUUUCAUCAGUUGGAGAUGUGUAUAUUUUAAACUUUGCCUUUUGUUGUGCUGUUUUUUCUUUGAGGUGCACUGAGUGCAAAGAGUAGAGCUGCUCCUCAGAAGGAGGGAGACAGACUGAGUCUCUCCUCCGUCACAUUGUACAGGGAGCAGAGGAGUGUGUCCACACAACAUGCUUUAGUACAGGUCUCAUGUGAGUGUAUAUUUUUGGUCACAGAUGUAUUUUUAUUUUUUAUGAUUUUUACUCUAAUGAUUUAGUGCUGGACCAUGUGAUAAAGCCCUUCAUUGUACUGUACCGUGUGCUGAAGCAUGGGGAUUUGGGCUGGAUGCUGUGUGUCUGGACUGUGGUGUUAUCAUUAUCUAAGCUCGUGAGGCAGUCAGAAGGGCCAGAAUGAGAGAACCUUAGUGUCAGCGCCCGCGGCUGAGGCUACUGCUGUUCUUGAAUGGCACACGCUGUGAAAAGUUUCAUUACUUAAAGCUUUGAGCACUAAAGAUGGAGAGAAACGUGUAGAUUAUUUUUGACCAGAUGUUCACUGUUAAGAUUCUGCUCUAGAUCUCUAGGUUUUGAAUUUGACCAUGAAUUGUAUGUUUGGACAUUUUCUUUGAUUGUACGUCCUGAGAUGUUACAUUAGAGCUCUGGCCGUUUGUCACCUGGGCCUUAUUUUCCUGUCCGCUCACUUUUGGUCUUGUCAGUUGCUUCGUGAUGAGUCUCUGGAGGCCCUGAUACACUGUGUGAGGUUGGUCUUUGGUCAUCAGUCCAGACUGUGGUGUCCCGUUUGGAGCUUUGGUGACCAAAGACGUUUCAAAACUUACGAACCAAAUGGUUUGUAUGUAAAUGCUGCUGAGACCCAUCUGCAAACCGACCGAGAUAAGACAUGAAACGCGCCGUCUAACCCGUCAGAUGUGUACAAUCUCAUCAGCUGUGUACUGUAUAUAUCUAUUGUGUCACAAGGGGCAUUUUUAAUGUAGUAAAAAUGUUGAGAAACACCUUACUGCAAGAUCCAUUUAAUGCAUAUUCUGGGGCUUUUGAUCACAUCACCUGAACUUCAUCGGCAGAUGGCGUUUGCCCUUUUGUGCUGAAAAUGUGAAUGGAUAGUUGCACAAACACGACUGGGCAAAAUCUCUGCUGAUGAAGAAGGCUCCAGAGUAGGUGCUAAAUUGACCAUGUGGUGAGAUGCUUUUUUCAUGUUUCUGCAUAUUUACAUUGUUCUUUUUAGAGGCGAAAGAGAAGGACGUCUGUCUGCAGUUAUUUUCAUAAUGAGCUGUUUAAAGGUCCAGUGUGUCGGCUGUAGUGGCAUCUAGCUGUGAGGUUGCUGAUUGCAACCAACUUGCCUCACUUCUCCUUUUCCAAACAUGUAGGAGAAACUCAGAAAAACCCAGAGGCCCCCUCUAGAGCCAGUGUUUAGUUUGUCCCCUUUGGCUUCCUGUAGAAACAUGGCGUCAGAGGGACCUGAUCCCUCUGUAGAUCUGAAGAGGUCUGAUUUUCACAUGAUGAUAUGAUGAAUGAACGGAUUGUGUUUCUACCAUAUUCUGCUCAUAGACACAUCUUCCACACUGGACCUUCAGUCAUUGUCUAAACAGAAAUACUCUAAUGUGAAUAUAUGUGUUUCUGAUUUGGUUCUGGGCUGUUGGUUAGACAACACAACGAUGUAUGAAAAACAUAAUCAGCAGAUUAUUAUUAUAACAAAAAUCUGGAGUUGCAGCCUGGAUUUAGUCUUCUGUUUAUGUCUUAGGGCUUAGACUGACUCAGCAUUCUGAUGUGCCUCAACAUGAUGCAGGCACACUAAUGGUGACUCUGUGUUAGACCUACAGUCAUGCAGUGAACCUGGAAGAAAGCUGCUGUCACAGAGUGUGCAGGGUCCCCAGUCGUGCUUUUUCUCGGCGUGUUUCUCUGUCAGUGCAAGCAGGCUUAUAAAAGCUGGUUUCAAAUUGGUGGCGCUCACUGUCUGAUAAGACACGUGCAAGUGUUCCGGUUCGAUUGUACCUCGUUUCAUAGAGGUGCUUCCCUGGUAUUUUUGGUUUUUAACUUUAAUGACAAAUCAGUCACAGCAAGUGUUUGUGUGCUGGUAAUAUUUGGAAAGGCACACACUCAGUAAAGCAGCUGAUGAGGUUUUCUUGAUGAUAGAUGGAUACGCAGGGCGGAGGAAAAUGGGGUUCAGGUAUGAAAUGGCCAGAGUGACGUUUCUACUUUAUUUUCUACACAAACACUGCAAGGACUUCUGGGAAAGGCCAUCUUUAAAAAGGCCCAAAAGCCCUUGCAGCAGUGGUCAUAGGAGCAGCCUGUAUAUGUUUACAGAGUUUCUUUCCCCUCAGAAGCAGAUGUGGCUGAACUUCACAUUAUAACACAGUGUGGCUUGUGUUCAGCCACGAAGCUUUAACAUUCAAAGCAAGAGAGGAGCAGAGUCACCAGUCAGUCUCAUGUGCUGAGGCCCACGUCUUUUCUCCGUGGUCUUUCCUUCUCCAGGCUUUGAACAGUGUUGGUUUAGCAGAUGAUUCUCUUUUGCUAUGCCUUUCUUAGCUUAGUACCACAGUUUUGCAUAAGAGAAGAAAUCUUUGCUGUUUUUAGGUUCCUGGCUGUGAUCGGACUGUAGCAGUAAUAUGGAGUGUUGUUGAGAAGUAGUUCACGUAGCCUGGCUGCUCACUGCACAGCAUUAUAUUCACGACUCUUGGUGAUCAGCUGGUCAGUGCAUAUACAGUACCAUAUAGUUACAGACCCCCCAUUCCCCCCCAACAAUCAACAUUACACAUGCACUCUGCCCCCUGAUGUGUUGCUGUAGUGUUUAAUGCAGCAGUAAUGCCUUAAUGAUUAAUUACUGUUGAUAGUGAAGUAUCAAAUAUCUGAGAAGCAGUAUUCAGAUCUAAAGCCACUCCCCUGAGGGACGAGACUGACUCGUCAGUGGCUCUCAAACGUCCACCGUCACACCCCCCAGCCCCUGCUUUGAAAGCAGAAAGGCUUAAUGCCAUGAAACCUCCUGAAUGAAAAAGUGUUGCUGACAGUUUUGAGACACAAAAACAUUGACAGUGAACUCGAGGACAGGCUUCAUCACAUUGUCUUGGUUUCUCCAGUUUGGUUGAAGUGCUUGUUCGAUUAGCAUCACCUGCCAUGAAUCCACCUCCCCUCCCCAGUUCUCCACCUCUGUCACCACCUGUUCUUUCCCACAUAUCUUCAGUUUAAAGCAAACAAAACUCAGUAAUGCUCUUGAAAAAAUGGGAGUUACUGUUGAGGUUGUACAUUGCAUUUCUAUCUUUUCUUAUUCUCUUCUACAGCAGCCCACAUGUCUUUUAGCAGUAUUUACAGAGCAGUUUGACUGCAGAAAAUGUUUCCGAAUUUAAAACAUUCAUCAGCGAACAACUAGUUUAGGUGUCUCCUCAGACGGUUGAGGCCAGAGACGACCAGCCAAAGGGUCGAUGAUCACAAACUGACUGAAUCUAACAGGUUUCAGUCACACAUUGUUGUGCUUGAAUAUUCUCUCUGUUGAAUUAGAGAGUAGUAUCAGAAUGGCUGAGAGGUGUUAGGAGUUGAUGCCACCUGGCAGUCAGCAUGUAGCGCCUUACAUCAGGCUGUAUUCCAUUGUUCUCAUGGCUCUGCAUAGUGUCUAGUUUGCAUGGCCAAAGCCAAAACUCUGGUCCAGAUGCCAAGUGUUAAACCUGGGAAAUGAAUUGUUUUGCGUCAUUUUUCUAAAUUGCUCGUGUUCAUCCCUGGCUCUGAUAGGUGUCGGGGUGUCCCGGUAUCAGCUGGGAUGACUCCAGCCAGCCCUCUUUAUCUGAAAUCUAAAAGUAUCUGAGACUGUUUAGGUGAUGUGGUCACCAUUAGACAAUUGUACUCCAUUUACCAGUAUUUAUUUGUGCCUUGAGUUCUUUUGCUUUCUUUUUCACUUUACAUUCGAGCUGAAGAGAUUAAAAAUGGUUUUGUUUUCCAGAAUUGUCAAUGUUUUGUCCUCUCCAUAUUAAUCAUACAGUCAGGUCAGACUGGGUGUGAAAUAUGCUCAUGAUAAGAAUCCAAAAAGUUCUGAAAUAUUUAGCUCAGUCUGUCCACUCCAGAGUUGAUGGCUGCCUCGUCAUCAUGUGCAAUAAUCCAGUGUGACUGCCUGUGGGGUCGUGUUCAACCAAAGCUUUGCCCACAUGCAUUGAGACAGGGAUACGAAGGCAGUCUUCUCAUUUUAUGCAUGUCACUUGUGGUUGAGGUUUCAAGUUUGCUGAGAAAUUCAUAGAAACCAAACUUCAGUAUCCUCCAAAACACUGAAUGCAAACACAUGUCCUAUCAUAAAACAACUUCAAGCACAAAUUGCUGAAGCUGUGCGGCCUAGCCACCAAGACCUGCACCCUAAAACCUCUUUUAUAGCCUUCAAUCUGCAUGGCCUAGCCCACAAAUACAUAUGUGGAGAAAAUAAUGUAAUUAACUUCCAGUUUCAGUGUGCAUGAUGAAGCAGAGCAGGAACACAGAGGCUUUGCUUUUGUGAACAGCACCGCAGGCAGCUUUCCAUUGAUGAGCAGUUACUGAACAUUAUAUUGAUGUGAUGCAUUGAUGUCGGUUAUAACACAUUCAACUCUAUGCUGAAUAAUCUGGGCUCCGAUGUUUUUCAUUGUUCUUCCUCAGACUGGGUAUGUGGACAUUUAGAACAACACUGUGGUCUUAAUUUCUCCAUGGUCACCAGACCCUUCUGACACUGUAUGGCAAUGUAUUUUUCUUUGACUCUCAAAAGUGUUAUUAAUUAGGACUUGACUGAUAUAUCAAUCUAUACUGGCCACUUAUCACAGGUAUAUCAUUAUAGGCAGUAUAAGCUGUUAGAUAGAGAACAAUGUGCAUCCAGAAAUGCCAAAGAUCUGUUUGAACUCAGUUAGAAGCAGUGUUGCUGUUGUGUCAUUUGUCCACCAGAGGGUGCUGACAAUUUAAUUUAUCGACUGCAAAAUGUUCCGCUCCAAACAUGUCAGGGUCGCAAUUCUUAAACAAGAUAUCACUAUACAGAAACAGUCUUAUCACAAGGUACACACUGGAAAUGUUCCAGAGCUUUCAGCCACAUGUUUUGGCCUCUGUCUGCAGAUGGAGAUGUGCAGAACAUAGAGAGUAGAUGAUGAGAUCAGUAGUAGUAAAAAGAGAGGAGCUGAUAUUAGGACAUUGCAGAUAUAUUGGUAUUGCUGUAUAUCACAGCCAACUCAUAACAAUACCUUGUCUUACAGAAAUGCUAAAGAAUAUAUGUGAAGGAACAUUGCACCACAACAGCCAUUAGUAGCUGUUCUGGAGCUUUCACAUUUUAUCAAAUGAUCAUGUAUAGCAACCUUUCCAUUGCAGCUCUUAAGCCAGCAUGAGUGAAAUAUCUUGCACAUUUAGAAUUAAUGACAUCAGAGCAAACUUCAUCUGAAUCCAGCCAUACGAUCCCAAAAUGUUUGGAUUUCUUUACAAACAAUGAUGUCUUUCUAUUGUUUGUCCACCAGAGAGCGCUGACACGUUCUAACCAUCCAGUAUCAGUGUGGCUCUAAAUAAGACCUGAACCAUCUCCAUCAAAACUGAACCAAACAUGAGAUGUGGCUGAAAGCCCUGGAAACUUUCCAGUAAGUUUUUGUUUUCGUCAAACCCUCAAUAUAUGUUUAAAUAAAUCUGAUGACAAUAAUAAAAUUAUUGUCAUCAGAUUUGUUUAUGGAUGAGUAUCCAUCACUGUUACUAAAUAGAAGGCUGUGUUGGUGUUGUAAACAUUUUGUGUGGCCACACCUGAGAGCUUUUUAAAAGCUAAAAUGAGGACUGACACGGAACAGAUUGGCCAGGUAUCCUCCUCCCCCCCCUGUCCUGUAACAUUUCUUCUCCGUAGCUCUUUGGCCCCCUGUAUGUCACGAUCAUCUGAUCACCAAGCUCUUCGUUUCCACAUGCGUUCAUGUUGAAGAACACUGAGCCAGCCCUGUGAACAUGUUAAUGUAGCACCCACUCUGCACAUGCUCAGUUCCUACAGUUCUGUCUCAUUCUGCCUCUCACUGGCUCAGAAGCAUGUGCUAGAGCCCCCCCAGACAUCAAUGAACUUUUCUUUCCAUGGUGAAGUUAGCUCCAUUGUCAGGCUGGUAACAGACAGUAUAGACAGUUUGAGUCUGGUGUUGAACCGUUACUUUGUCAAGUUUUUUUUUCUUUGUCAACAAAAGACAAAAUAAACACUUCAUUGCCAUAUCCUGGAAAACAGA